ACAGUUAGAAGUUAGCUAUUGACAUAGGUAAAAUGUACUCUUUUACUCAUGUGUGGUCGCAUUGGAAUAUUUUGUGAAUAUAUUAACUUAAAUUACUAUGGAAUAAAAACUAAAAACAGUAUCUUUAAAGCAUAACAAUGAAGGAACAAGGGGGAUAUUCGAUGAAGCACAUGAUUUUUGCACUUUCAGCUAGCAUGAUCAUCGGCUUCUAUGUAGCACAGUUUAUUUCGAAUAUGAUAAUUUCUGAGAGCAUUCCAUCACACAGUAUUCAGGAACAAAAACGAAACAAUAAUUUUUCGCUAAGGACUUGCACAAAUCCACAUAGUGUCCCCGAUCAUCCAGUCGACAACUCGAUUGUGGCUGAUCAGCUAAAAAAAGAAGUUCGUAUUCUCUGCUGGAUUAUGACCAAUCCCAACAACCACAAGAAUAAAUCCCGUCACAUUAAACGCACUUGGGGAAAACGCUGCAACAUUCUCUUAUUCAUGAGCUCAGAAUAUGACGAUGAACUUCCCACUGUUAAGCUAGACGUCGAAGAAGGCCGAGUAAAUUUAUGGCGUAAAGUGAAGGAGGCAUUCAAGUACGUCUAUAAACAUCACUACAACGAUGCGGAUUGGUUUUACAAAGCAGAUGAUGACACAUAUGCCAUCAUGGAGAAUCUUCGCUAUAUGUUAUAUCCCUACCAUCCAAUGACACCCGUGCACUUUGGCUGUAAGUUUAAAGCUUAUGUUAAACAAGGUUUUAUGGCAGGCGGACCGGGAUAUGUGCUCAGUAAGGAGGCUCUUCGUCGAUUAGUAGUUGAAGGUAUUCCAAAUAAUAAGUUGUGCCGCAAUGAAACCAACGAAUUUGAAGAUGUUGAGAUUGGUAGAUGCCUGGAAAAGCUCAAUGUGAUUGCGGGGGAUUCUAGAGACUGGAAUGGACGUGGACGCAUGUUUCCCUUCAUUCCUGAGCAGCAUUUACUACCUGAUAAGAAUAUGAGUUAUUGGUAUUGGAGCGUCAUUUUCUACCAAACUGAUGAAGGACUUGACUGCUGCUCGGACAAUGCAAUAUCAUUUCACUAUAUCGACCCGAAAAUGAUGUAUGCUUUUGAAUAUCUUAUCUAUCAACUAAGGCCCUAUGGCAUUGUUAGAGAACCGCAUCGUUUACCGGCCAAGCUUAAUGUGGGAGAAUUUCUCCCACCGCCGAUAGAGGAAGUCGCUGACAGUAAUGAGGAUUCUGUGGAUGAUGAUGAUAGAUUAAUGAAGACAAGUACGAGUAGAUCUGCUGUAAUCGAGCCCAAUUCAAGUGAAGUUAAUAUAAGAAAGUUAGGUAAUUAAUAAAACAAUGGAAGCGAGUAUCUUAACAACUAUUGGAGCUUAUCAGAAGAGCGAUGCCAAAUGAAUAACUAAAUGAAUAAGCAUUAAGCCACUGUAUAUUGCUAGGUAUUUU